GCAGCCUGGUGCCUCCCGCUCGAUGACUUUGGCGAGGCUUUGCCUUCGGCGCGGCAGCCUCCGAUUUCGCUGCGGUCUUCAGCUUGCACUGCUUGGCACGCGCCUCCAGUCCGAGGCUUUCCACGGAUUGGGAUUGUUGCUGCUGGAUGCUCCGGAGGAGGACGCGGCGGCGCCGGUCGUUGUGCGGCCGUCUGGGCUGUAUUGCCAAGCUGCGCAGCUGGAACAUGCAAGACCUCUACAUUGGCCCAUGUCAUCAAAGAGCUCAGCAAUGUCCGCACCUCCAACCUUGGAUUGCAUUAAGGAGGGAAGUGGCUUAAGCAAGGAUGAUUUUAAGUGGCAUCUAGACAAGGAGCCCUUACCAGGUGCACACGUUUCGUAG